AUGCAUAAAACUCGUUUCUUUGAACAACAAGAUGGAUCAAAAAUUGGAUACAAGGUUCUUGAGCCUAAACAUACUAAAAAUGACAUUCCUCUUGUAUUAAUCAUGGGACUUGGUGCCACUAAGGAGCAUUUUUUAGGCUUUGAAGAAGUAAUUACAUUUGAUAAUCGUGGGAUUGGAGAAUCGACCGUUGCUUCUUACGAAAGUCCUAUCACGAUUGAAUUAAUGGCUCAAGAUACAAUUGAAUUAAUUAGACAUCUUGGAAUUAAAAGGUUUAAUUUAUAUGGAGCGUCUAUGGGUGGUAAUAUAGCACUUUGCGUUGCCUUGAACGUUCCAUCAGAUCUUAAGCUAGAGAAAUUAAUUAUUGGCUCAGGUUUUGCUCGUUUUAAAACAGAUACAAAAUCAUACGAGAUAGCUGAACAAAUUUAUAACUUACCAAAAAUGGAAUAUCCCAAAACUAUUCAUGAACAAAAGGCCAUGCUACUUACGUCAGAAAAGGAUUUAACUGAUUAUUUACUUGAACAUCCUGACAAAUUUGAUAAAAUUGCGGAAAUUAUGCUUAAAACUAAUGCUAACCAACGACAAUGGGAAGCAAUCAAACAAUCUGACUUAAUUUCAAGGCUGCAAGAAAUUAAAGUUCCAACUUUGAUAAUCCAUGGCGAAGUUGAUGAAAUCGUUCCUAUUGAUGCAGCUGAAUUACUAAAUCGUGAAAUUCCUAAUACAAAAUUUCAUAGGAUUCCUAAAGUCGGGCACAGUAUUUAUAUAGUAGAAUGUGAUUUCGUUUCUAUCGUCAAUGAAUUUUUAAAUAAUUAA